AUGGCUCAACCAGGCUCGUUCCAGAACCCGAACAAUCGCCAGCGGCCGCAGUUCAGCUCGACGCCAGGCUUCGGCAACGCGCCGCAGUUCCCGUCGCAGCCUGCUGUGGGCCAGCAGCGCGCGCCUCAGCGCGGACCCGCGCACCAGUUCUACCAGAAGCCGGCAGCCGCUCCGCAGGCCCAGAAUCAGGCUCCUGUGCAGGAUGCAGGAUUCUAUAGCGGGCAGGCCACGCCCGCCUUCUCGCAGGACUUCCACCAGCCAGGGAUGAAUGCGAUGCCGCCUGCGCAGCAGCAGUUCCAGUCGGCGCCCGCGGGCUUCCAGCACCGCCAUCCGACGCACGGCAACAACUUCGGUGGGUACGGGCAAAACGCGCCGCAGCAAACCCCGCCGAACAGCAACCCGCGGCCGCACAUGCAACAGGCACAGCAGCCUGACUUCAUUAACCAGUUCUCCAGCAACCCAAUGGCAGGAUUGGCGAUGAACAGCGCGCAGGAUUUCCUGCAGAAGCAGUCGGAAAUGUAUCUGCCGGGCGCCUAUGGCGUGUGGGGAAGUCUGAAGUACUACUUCACCGUCAACAACUCCUACGUGAAGAGCCGUCUCAAGAUCUUGUUGCUCCCCUUCCGACACAAGAACUGGCGCCGUAUGGGGAACGGUGAACAAGACGAGUCCAAGCCGAUGCAAUACGCUCCCCCAACUCGCGACUGCAAUGCACCUGAUCUGUACAUUCCGCUCAUGGGCUUUCUCACGUACAUUUUGAUCGUGGGCUACUCCAAGGGCACUUCGAACCAGUUUAGCCCAGACGUGAUCACCAAGGACGCGAGUUACUGCCUUGUGAUGCAGUUGAUCGAGAUCGGAGUGCUGGCUGCCUGCCUCUACGUGCUGAACAGCUCCAUCUCGUUCCUGGACCUGGUAUCCUUUUCCGGCUACAAGUACAUCCCGCUGGUGAUCAACACGGUCGUCUUUCAGCUGCUCGGCUCCAUUGCAUACUACGUGUCGCUCCUGUACACCGGCGUGGCUGUCUCCUAUUUCACGCUCAACUGCAUGAAGGGAAGCGUAGCGGAGCCUACUCCCGAAAACCGCCUCUUCCGAAACUACCUGCUCUUUGGCGUGUCAUGCUUACAGCUCAUCCUUGUGUGCUGGAUUUCGUACACUACCGCGCCCGGCGAGUAGAUUUUGCGGUCGAACGAAGUCGCAACAGCUUCCAUCAAGCACCAGCCAGGUAAAAAUCCUGUAGGAACUUGACGUCGGUCGCUAGCUGCUUCCCGUGUGUAAGAGAUUCUGAUAAUGACCGAAGCCGCGUUGCUCUCGAAUUUGGCGCGCAGCUCUCGAUAAAAGCUCUUGUGUUUCC